UCUUUUUCUUCUUCGUCUACGUUUAUGGCGGAUAGCAAACCAAUGAUUAAAUGCAAAUAUCGCCACCUACUGUCCCGGUGUGUGUAAGUGCAGGGCCUCAUGUUCUUCUUCUGGUUCCAUAAGAUUGUCCUUUCUCCCGACCUGUAUUUUAAAUCUCGGAAGUGCGGUUGUUUACUAUAGGAAAUGCGAUGGCUCAUCUGAAACCAGUUUUUGAAGUUACAGCUUAGCGGCUGAAGAAAGGUUUGAUACUAAAUCAAUAUUGAACUCAACAUAUCCUGUAAGCAUGUUAAACGGUAAUUUAAUGUUUGAAUAACUACUUAUCACGUGGUGGGGAUGUGUAACGUCAACACCAGAUACAAAACUGGUGUACCAAGCUAGUAAGCUAACGUCGACAAUGGAGCCCACUGUACCGUGUUAUUAAUAAUGCGAUGGAAGUAACCAAUCGGUAAAUGUGGGGCAGCCAAUUUACAUCCACAUCUGUUUAAAGUCAUAAACCCUUCACCACUAACUGGAUCAAUAUUAGCUGUGACGGACAAAUGCCACUCUUGUGAAGUGCACGUCGAGUGGUACCCCCUCCUCAGUGUCCUCAGUUUACUGAAAGAAACACAAACUCGCCUGACUUUUCACACACUUUUGGCACAAUGGCCGAGACUAUAGCUACGUUUCAGUCCCAACUUUCGGGGGUCAUGGAAACAGUCUUCAAAGCUGCCAUGUAUGAGAUCACCCGGCUGGUGGAGGACAGUUUUCUGGAAGAGGUGACCCGGUGCAGGGACCAGGUGGAGACCCUGAAGAGGAGACUGAAGUGGUCGGAGAGUCGACGUAAGGAAAGGGAGGGAGACAUGAAGGCGAGAUGUAGUGACUGUGGUAGAGCUGGGGCUUCUCAUGAGGAAGAACCAAGAGCGACAGAAAAGUGUCUUAAACAGGAGAGUGUGCUGCAAGAGGAGACAAAUGGCUCCACAGGCAAUGAUGGUGAGAUACCUUAUCAUGAAGCAGAAGAGGCACACGAUGCAAUGAAGACUAAACAGUCUCCAGAUGAAAAGCUUGAUAUACUGCUCAAGGAGGAAACUCUUCCAAUCUCACCAGAAACUAAUGAGUCACAGGAGAAAUGGGGAGUCAAUGUGGAGGAGGCAUCAGGUCAGCCGGGGCCCAGUAAGCGUUUCAGUGACCAGAAGAUCCCAAAGUGCCAUGACAACUGGGAUGCUGGCUUUGAUCAGAGGCCAGAAUCAGGCCAAGACGGACACUCAGGUGACCCAUGUCAAUCUGUUUUUCAGAGCAGGUAUGGAAUGGAAGACUUGGGUGGUUUUGACAAGACUGGCUAUGGAGGCACGGAUAUGAUCGAUAUGGGUAACCUGGAGGGGUUACAUGGAUCACCAUCCCAACUGGGUGACGAUAUGGGUUACAUUGGGAACUAUGAGGGGUGUGUGGAAGCACCAGAAGCAGCUGAGAAUCAAGUUUACCAAGCAGGCGCUCCUCGGAGCAGAAGGGGCCUGGUUGGUCCCUCUGCAGUUUCACCCUCGAGGACUAACAAUGAAGUGAGUGGAGAGUUCAGUUGUCUGUUGAUCAAUGAAGAAGGGUAUCUACAGGACCCAAGCAUCUUGUACCCUGAGCAGGUGUCUGGUGAUCCAGGUGGAAGGUUGAGCCUCCGGGGCCAUGGUAUUAGCGUUAAUCCGUCCAUAGACAGCACAGAAGAUAUGUACGGGCCCUCAGGUGGCUACAGUGAUACCUUUGUCCUGGCGGAGAGAUUGCAACAUCAGCAGGGAGGCAGAAGAGGCAAGAGACUCACCUGUAAUCAAUGCUUAAUGUCCUUCCCUGAUUUGUCCUCAUUAAAAACCCACAAGCAGUCACACAAGAGCACCGGACAAGUAGCACCAUACUCCUGCACACAGUGCGGUAAGACCUUCACCCAAGCCUGUAACCUCAAAGUCCACCAGAGGAUUCACUCAGGGCAGGGUCUCCACCUCUGCAGCCACUGCGGGAAAGGUUUCCCUUCUUUCUCUGACCUGAAGACACACAAGUGUGGCCAGACGGGUGAGAAACCGUACUGCUGCAACGUGUGUGGGAACAAGUUCAGUCGGCUCUGGAAUCUAAAGUUGCACAGGAGAAUUCACACGCAGGAGAAACCUCAUCGGUGCACCAUGUGCGAUAAGAGCUUCACACGGGCUGACAUAUUAAAGGUUCACCAGCGGACCCACACUGGAGAACGACCGUACUGCUGUGCUGUCUGUGGCCUCAGCUUUAAACGCCUGGAUCAUCUGAAGUCCCAUCAACGCAAACACAUGACCGAUCUACUGACUGUCAUCAUGUCGGAGCUGGACACCCUCAUUGCUACCUUCCAGACCCAGCUCUCGGAUGUGAUGGAGACUGUGGUGAAGACAACCAUGUUUGAGGUGACACGGUUGGUGGAGGACGGCUUCUUGGAGGAGGUGAAGCGCAGGAACCAGGAGGUGGAGACCCUGAGGCUGCAGCUACGAUGGUUUGAGAGGAAAGUGAGAAAAGAAGGAAGCAAGAAGGGGCAGUGUGCCAGUGAUGGUGUGGAAGUGUCCUGUGAGACCGCAGCAGAGCAACGGGAUGUUGUUAGCAUUGGAUGUGGUGUGAAGACAGAGGCUGACUCUGUGGAAAGGUGGAAGAGAAGACACAGACAGGAAGUCAUACCAGCGGCUACACAGGCAGCAGAACAUCUUCUGGCCUCUCACAUCAUAGAAUCACAGACAACAGAAGUGGAAGAUGUGCUGCCCGUGGUGGAUGUGAAGGAAGAGGACGUAAAUAAUCCAUCUUGUUCUGUGGAUUUAGGAAGGUGGAGUGGCGCCAUUGAAGGUAAAGUUGUGCCUGAAUCCAGCAACUUCAGUGAGACGACGGAGGCACCGCAAAGACAGACUUCAGAGAAAAGUGAGGACUUAUUGAGGAAUGCCAUUAAGAAUGAUCUGCAGGUGUCGACUGCUUAUGAUGCUCCUGAAGAACAGGAGGAAACAGGCAUAGCUCUUGAUUCAUCUGAAGAGGUGGACAGUGGUUGGGCUGGUCUCACUGUCACAACUGCUGAAUUGAUGCAGAAACAAAAACAUGCAGCAGAGAAAGACUGUAAUCCAGCCAAAACUACAGGAGCUUCAACAGAAGUAGAACAUGAGCUAUCUGACUCAGUCGCAGCAGAUGUUAAUGUUCUCAUUGCUGCGGGUGGAGAUCAGAUUUUAUCCUUGGCAUCCCCUAAGGCAGGACUGCAAAACAGCGAUGUGUUAGGUGUGAGUAUCAAGCAGGAGGUGACUUUCGGUUUUGAUGAGUGUGUGGAAAGUGAGUUAAAGGAAAAGACAGUAGCAUCAUUCUCAUCUCAUAUCAGUCAGACUCACAGGGCGAGUCCUGUAGCAGCCAAGCUUAACCGCAUAUCUCAUAAAGCCAGAGUGCAGGAAAUCAUGAAGCUCCAUUCCAAAGUGGGUACAGGUCUUAGACUGCAAACUGCGAUACAGCAACUCAAUCGACCAAUGAAAAAGCCCCAUCACGCACUCUCUAACAGCACCACCACAGCACCGUCUGUAGUUCACUCUCAGGUUGUAAACUUUAAAUCAAUCAACAGAAUGCCCUCCACAUCUAAAGCUGCUCCUCCUGCCCCACUCUCAGUCCAACGCGUCCACCUGGGCGAUAAACAAGCGAUGGCACAGAACAGAAGUGCUGCCUCAUGGGCUGGCGUCAAAUCUCAACAUCAGUCCUCAAACGCUCAUUACAACAACGCCUCACUCCACCCUGACUCGCACCCUGUUGUUGGCUCCAGGCAGCUCCAGCGCUGUGGCCAGUGUGGGAAAUGCUUUCCGCACCCCAGCAACCUGAAGGCCCACUUGCAGACUCACACAGGUGAGCGGCCUUUCUGCUGCUCCCUCUGUGGUCGCAGCUUCACCAAGCUGAGCAACCUCAAGGCCCACCGCCGGGUCCACACAGGAGAGAGACCAUACUGCUGCCUGGCCUGCGGCAAACGCUUCACCCAGAAAUGUAACCUAAAACGCCAUCAAAGGGUUCAUCUGGAUGUAUGAUUAUAGGCAGCCAGUAAGAAAUCAACAAACUACUGGGCUUGAUUUUCAAGAUGAUACAGAGUUUGAUUUUUUAUACAACCGUUGUGCUACAUUACAAGAAGUCUUUGUGUAGGGUUAGUGUGAAGUAACUGUCCAAUUCUUCUGUGCAUUCCAGAAAGGUUUAUUUAGAAAUAUGCAAAGAUGUUGCAGUUUAGAUAAUGGAUGAAUGGAUGGAUGAAUGUAUUGGGCCUCAUUCACCAAAAUGUUCUUGAGAAUUUUCGUAAGAUUUUUCUUAAGAAGAUUUCAACACGUCAGAUUCACCAACGUGUUCUUAAAUGACUGAAUAGUUCGCAGCUAUGCUAUUAUCUCCUUGUGUUCUUAAGUUGAAAGGGCGUGCUUGUUGUUCCCAAUUAGCAUAGGUAACUGCCCACUAAUGCCCUUAAAAGGGCAUGAGUGCAAGUCAUUGCCGACACACAGAAACACAUGAUAGUAGCAAAACAAUAAGGUUGUGGAGAUGUCUAUCGGAGGGCUGAAGAUGACGCUGGCAGAGCACAGGACUCCUAAUGGAGAAGAAACGAUCAGUUGUGAAGUGGAGGUACGACUGCAGGAGGUCAGCAGUAAACAAACUGUUCAGCAGUGUGAGUCAUGGUUACUAGUGUUGUAGUCAAGAACACACUAACAGACCUAGACAUAUAUACCAGAGACUGGAAGGCUCAGAGACAGAGACAAUACCAAGACCAUACAUAUCAAUGAAAAAUGAUCAACUUGUCACUCACUUAGUCCUGAACACUGGAAAGGUUGCGGCCAUAACCGGGAGAAAAAAUUGAACUACAAAUGAAUUGACGUUAUUUGUUCUUUGAAAAAGAGGCGUUGUCCUUGGAAUCAUAGUGAUGAUGUGGAAAAUAGCCAAUCAGUGGUGGUCUUGACCGGUGCCCACUCUGAGACCAAGACCUUCGAAAAGUGGUCGCGAGAGCGGUCUGGAGACCAAGACCCAUUUCGAGUACUACAAAUAUAGUGGUUACACAGGAACACAUAAAAACAGACUUAUGGGAUGAACUGAACAUAAUUAAUGUGAAUUAAAGUGUCAUGUAUGUUUUCUAUUUUAAAGGAACACUCAGAUUUUAAUGAUAAUAACAAAGAUUAAAUAUUUCAUUAAUUGUGAAACAAAAUAUUGUAAUGUAACCCUAUGAUAUUAUAAAAAUGUGAAUUUAAAUUAAAUGCAAUAACAAGUAAUUUUACUUGAGCCAGUCAGCACUUAAAUGUGUGUGAGAGUUCUCUUGAGUGUUCGUAACCUCAGAACAAAUCCCACAGAAAACAUUUGGUGAAUCCAAGAAUCUUCUUCAAAAAGUUCCUAAGUAGGAUUUAAGAAGAGUUUAGUUCUUAAGAAUGGUUGGUGAAUGAGGCCUAGUGUUAUUAAAGGAUGAUAAUCAGUGUGUUAUGAAAUGUAUUCUGCACACAGAAGUGUUAGUUGUGACUUUUGGUCAAUAAAAAGUUAUUUAUUCUGUAAUUACUCACAUUUUAUUAUAUUAAUAAAACACUAUUCCAUAAACACAGUGGACAUACUACAUGACUGAAGAUCACAGCCUAUACUGCUCUGCUGUGAGAGAAACAGAACAUAAUCAUUUACAGAAAAAGUCCUCUAGAGGUGUCUUUAGAAGAGUUUAUCAAUGCAGUAAUGAAACUUUUAAGAUAUUUUCAUUUGAAGUCAUGGAAAGUCACUGCAGGCAUUAUUUCAGGUCAUAGUUUUAAAUAUGAUGCGUUAUUUAAAGAGGACAUAUUAUGAAAAAUCCACUUUUACAAUGUUUUUGAACAUAUAUUUGGGUAACCUGAGCGUAUACCAACCCACAAAAUGUGAAAUAAACCCAUCCAAUCCUUUGCUUGUGGUCUGCAUAAGUUUUACAACACAGAGAAAAAUGCCCCGUUUCAAAUGUGCUCUCCUUGUGAUGUCACAGUGGGAUUCUGGUAAAAAGAAAUGCCCUCCCCUCCCCUGGUAUCUCCACCCAUGGACUCCACCCCCAGCGUAGAUCAAAACUGUUGUGCAGGUCUGCCAUUUUUAUUCUCGCUAGCGAAGGAGUGAUGUCUUCUGGGAAAACUCAGGGGGGGCUCAUUGCAUUUAAAGAGAUACACACACCAAAACGGAGCAUUCUGAGAGAGCUGGUUUAUACAGGGUCCCAAACUUCCUCAGUCCGCACAGACCACGGGACUGUUUUAAAAGGUGCAAAAGGGGGAUUUCCAUAUUUCACCCUGUUAGUGUAUGUAUGUCUUAUUAUUCAUUUUUAUUUUACAAGUUCUUUGUUAUUAGAAAAUUAUGACUUAAAAUACUGGACCUUAUUAAACUAAAACUCCAUGUUUUUUUUGUUUUUUUUAUGUUUGUUUGUUUGUAUGUUUAAAAUAACGUAUUACAUGUUGGAUUAACACUUGUUCCUCAUGGUUUCUUAUCUAUUUUCCCCCAAGCUCCUCCAGUAACUCCUCACUGUGAAUAUUAAAAUACCUUAGAUGACCACUAGGUGUCACCCUAUCAUCUAAGUGUAUAAUCAUCAGAACGGCAACUUUUCUGAUGACUUCAAGUCCACCGUUUCUUGUGGAUAACGUCAUAAUUAAAUAGUGGAGUACUCUUGAAAAAAUACACUUUCA